AUUGGAAGUACUCACCCCAGAUAUUAGUGACAUAAAGGCAAACUUUGCAAUUGUAAAAUCUGUCCAUAAACGCUGGACGUUCUUGUUCUCGUAAGUGAAAUCGACUCCUCGUCGAUGGAAGUUUGAUCAGGGAUUGUGGAAGUUAGUAAUCUAGUCAUGAAGGUAGUUUGUGCGUGGAUUUCAAACCUUCGUCGCUGGACCAGGUCAAGAUUGACUGCGAUUACAUGCGUGGUGACUCUACUUUAUUUGUGGGGGAUUUUUGGAGAUUGGAAGACAUCUUAUCACGCUACUACAUUGGCAGAAUAUAAACGGUCCUUUCAGAUGUUAACCAACAUAGAUAUUGAGAAUCUGGAUAUUCAUCAGAACUGUUCUCCAGAAACACACGUCCUCUUUCUCAAGACGCAUAAAACAGGAUCGUCCACAGUAUCAAACAUUUUUUUCCGUUAUGGCGACUCUCGCGGUCUUCAAUUUAUUCUUGGUUCAGACACACUAGUUGGGUGGCCCAGUCCAUUUAGAAUUUCACACAUGCUACGUCCUAAUGGACUUCUGCCAAAUUUUCUGUGCAGUCACACAAGAUUUAGUAAGAAAACAAUGAAUUUCUUAUUUCCAAAAGACAGGAGUAAGUACAUAACAAUCCUUCGACACCCUGUGGCGCAAUUUGAAUCCGUUUUCAAUUACAUAGGGCUUGGUGAAGUUUUUAAUUUAGGGAGUGAUGCUACAGAAUCUAUAAAAGGAUUUCUUAGGAAAGGAAUAGAGUUUAAAGAUAUCUUCAAGAAGAGAUCAUCAGUUUUGGCCAGAAAUCCAAUGAUGUUUGAUUUAGGUUUGGACCACAAGUUGUACCAGAAUGCUUCUGCAGUCAAAGACUAUAUAGCAUUUUUGGAAAAGGAGUUUGACUUGGUUAUGAUAAUGGAAUAUUUUGAUGAAUCUAUGGUGCUCAUGAAGCGUUUGCUUUGCUGGUCAUUCACAGAUAUUCUUCACAUUAAAACCAACGAGAGGAUUGAAGAAGAAAGAGCCAAGUUCAGUGGUAACUUAAGGGAAAACAUAAAACGCUGGAACAGAGCAGAUAUGUUACUCUAUGAUCACUUCAAUAAAACAUUUUGGCGUAAAAUAAAAAUGGAAGGGAAACAGUUUUACAAAGAUCUUGCAACUUUCCGUCAACUGAAAGAGAUAUUAACCAGAAAUUGUUACGGAGGACCAACAGUUGAGGAGGUUUAUCCUGGCAAGUAUGGAAAGACAUUAUCUUUAAAUCCAAAGUUAUCAGGAGUGAGCAAAGAGAUAUGUGAUAAACUGAUAAAAAAGGAAAACAGCUAUCUUAGUUACUUGAGACAGAAACAAUCAUAUAAAUCACCAGGUCCUUUAAAUGCAGUAAUUCUUGAAGAUGAUCCACCCAAUAUCACCUGGGAUGUGGCAAAGGAUUUCUGGUAUGAUCCUUUACCACUGUAAUCUAAUAUUGAGAGUAUAAAUUAUUCUAGUAUAAAGAUUACAAAUAAGUGAUGUGUAUGAAAUUAAUGUAUACCUAAAAACUAUGAUGCCAUAGACACAGGUACACAUGAAGUAAAUGUUAUCACACCUGCAUAAUCCAUUGUUAAAUUGCUUGUCAAAAAAUGCGCGUUUUGCUCUCUAAUUGGUCUAGAAAACUAAUACCUCUCUCUAAACCGACAGGAUGCAAAACUUACGACAUUCUCAACUAGGUCGCCUGCAUUUGCCCACACUUAAAGUGGUUUUCUUGCUGUCACUUUGAGUUCUCAUUGGCUCUUGAGGAGUAUUAAUUUUAGUAGUGACGGGGGAAUUUACAUUUCAGUCACUCUUGAGGGUAAAAAUUAAAAAAAUUAAAAGAAUAAAAAAAGAGAGAGUUUGAGUGACAGAAAUAUUUUACCAUUUUCCCAAGCUUUACAUUUGAAGAAACACUUCGUGAUACCAAAAUUUUUUUUUUUUUUUGCUAUUUUUGCUGGACACAAGGCAUAGUUCAGCCAUUGUGAACACAUUCACUUACAAAAGUGAUCUGUACCAUAACAGAAACAGUCUAAGAGGAGGUAGGCUUGCCUGGGGGGUUAGGGUGCUGAGCUUCAAGUCCUCCACCCUGCUACUCACUGGAUUUGUCCUCAGUCGCCCCAAGUUCGGCUCCUUGGCUGCACUGUGUACAUAACCAUCUAGUCUGCCUCC